UCGUCGAAACGUCGCUGUUUGAAGACACCGCCACCCGGCUGGAAGCCCGAGAACUCUUCGCCAUCUGAAGACGGAUCUGUAAUAAAUUCGAAACCGGUGGCGAAGCUGUUCUCGUACACGUGGACUAUGGGUGCCUUCCUGUGCAAGAUGGUGCACUACAUGCAGAGCGUCUCCUUCGUCUGCUCCGUGCUCACACUCACUGCUAUGAGCAUCGAGAGGUAUUAUGCUAUCGUGCACCCGAUGCGAGCCAAGUACAUCUGCACAAUCAGCCAGGCGCGCAAGAUCAUCCUGGGCAUCUGGUGCGCAUCCUUCCUGCUCGCUUUGCCCGCCAUCUUCGUACAGAUCCACCUGCCGGUGGGCCUGAAGGUGCAGGCGUUCUGGUGCGUGCGCGACUGGGAGCACGAGGCGCUGUGGCGGCUGCACGAGCUGUACAUGCUGGUGCUCAUCCUGGUGGUGCCCACGUGCAUCAUGGCGGCCGCCUACACCUCCAUCUGCUGGGAGGUGUGGCACGUCAUGCAGCGCCGCUGCGACAUGACCGCCGGCCACAGCCGACACAUGGGUUCGUGCCGGCGGGUGGAGAGCAUGCCGCUUCGGCCCAGCGCAGCCGCCGGAUGCGGUUCGUGUGUCGUCAGCGGCGGCGGGGGCGGAGGCGGCGGUGGAUGCGUCGCCAGCGGGGGCGGCGCCGCCCUCAACGGUGCUGGCCAGCACCGGGAGUCGCUGCGCAAGAUCAGCCAGGUGAAGGCCGAGCAGGAGGCCGGCACCGUCAAGCAGGUGAUCAAGAUGCUGGUGGCGGUGGUGGUGUUGUUCGUGCUGUGCUGGGGCCCGCUGCUGGUGGACAAUGUGCUGACCGCCUUUCGCCAGCUGCCGUCCUACCGCACCGACAGCCUCAAGCACAUGGCCACCGCCUUCCACCUAAUGGCCUACUUCAACAGCUGCAUCAACCCGAUCGUGUACGGCUUCAUGUCGAAGAACUUCCGGGAGAGCUUCUACAAGGCGCUGUGCCGCUGUUGCUACCGCGGCAGCGCCGGCCUGCGAUUGCGGCCAUCCUCGCUGUCCCACACUCGCAGCACCUCAGUCCGCUACACCACGGACCCCAGCUGCGGGCGGCGCAUCUCGGUGACGACAAGCGCCUUCUGAUGGCUGGCGGGCUGGUGCUGCGGGCGGCGAGCGCCGGCGGCCGGCAGCACCGCCCGCUGCGGGGGCAGAGCCAGGGACAGGGCCGGCG